AGUUGAUACGGCGUGACAAGUUCACCCCGAACUACAACUCCAGGGUCUGUGGGUGGCAUUUUCCUGAUGGCAAAGCAGCUGGGCCAACACGGUUUGCAUGGAAUGACGGAAAGGCUUUCCCCGACCACAUCCCCACCAAACGUAAAAAAAGAAUGGUCCCUGCGAGCGUGGAGGAUGAAGGAACAGCUGGACCAGGCCCAAACCACCUUGGCAUUGCUCCACAGACCCCUGGUACUUCAAGUGUUGUGCUUGAAAUUGAGAAUGAUAUGCUCAGAAAAGAAAAUGACCAACUGAAACGAGAAUUGGAGAAACAAAAACAAACAUUUUCAUUCAGUCAAAUCUCCUCACACCCUGACAAAGUUAAAUACUACACUGGCUUGACAGAUGCUGCCACUGUCUUCUUUUUGGAAGCCCUUCUCUCCAAAUUUGAUUUCCAGUACCACUUUAAUUGGAAUGUCCAAAUUAUGCCCCUUAUCGAUCAGCUACUCCUGACUUUGAUGAAGCUCCGACUGAAUUGUGGCAUCCUAGACCUUGCAACAAGAUUGAAUUGCUGCCGUGCCACAGUCACCAACAUCUUCACCACAAUCAGCAGUGCACUGUAUGACAUUUUGUAUGUUGGCAUGAUAGAAAACAACAUCCCCUCGAGAUUCAAGAACCAAACAUCCCUGCCAGAUUGCUUCCAGCCAUUCCCCGACUGUCGGAUUGUGCUUGACUGCACUGAAGUGGCCGUCUCCAAUACAGAAAGAGUGGACACCCAGAGUCAUCUGUACAGUCAUUACAAAGGACGCACCACACUUAAAGCUCUGAUCGGUGUGGCUCCCAAUGGAGUUAUAACCUUCGCCAGUGACCUAUACGGUGGAAGUACCUCGGACAAGGCGAUAACAGCUGACUGCGGAGUACUCCAACAGCUAGAACCAGGUGACAUGGUGAUGGCAGAUAAGGGAUUCACUAUUCGUGACAUUUUGCCUGAGGGAGUGUCACUGAACAUCCCAACGUUCCUUGUCAAUGGACAGUUCACAGUGGAGGAAGUAAACCACAACAGACUCGUUGCCUGUGCAAGGAUUCAUGUAGAGCGUUCCAUACAACGUCUGAAAACAUUUGGCAUUUUGACCUACAUCCCGUACCAGCAUAAGAAGCAUGCCAACAAGAUCCUAAAAGUAUGUGUUAGUCUUGUGAAUUUACAGAAGCCCAUUCUUCAAGAAAUUGCAUGAAUAAAUGUCAUUGUUUUACUCGUGUCUAUCUCAUGUCUGUCACAUCAAAAUCAUUCAGUUUAAGCCACCAUCAGUUGGGAACUACUUGGACAUACACUUUGACAGGCUAGGUGCAAAACAAGCUGAACUAGCAGACAAAUUUGAGUCUUCACACAGUUGCUCCCACUCCCAGUCAGUUUAUUGUUAACACAAACAAUGUAACAAAACAAUAAUAUAGUGAAUGAAUAGUGAACAUGAAUGAGGCCUUACCCUUAAAAGGUCCCAUGACAUGGCACCAGGUGUUGUGUGAUUAGCUUACAAGCUGUUUUGGAAAUCUGCCCCUUAUGACAUCACAUGUGGGCGUGUCCACCUAGAUGUGUGCUGGAUAGAUCAGUCUACCAGCCAACACAGUAGACUGCAGCAAACGUUGCUCAUCUAUCCGUCAUACAUCUAGGUGGACACGCCCACCUGUGAUGUCAUAAGGGGCAGAUUUCCAAAACGGCUUGUAACGGCUAAUCACACCACACCUGACAUGUCAUGGGACCUUUUAAAGAGACUAGGAGACUAGGUGUAUCAGUGUAAAUGGCAUCUGACUAUGUGUAGUGUGUUAUGUACUGUGUGAUG